AUGGAAUCACAAAAGCCAAAGAAAGUUAUAGCCAGAGGGCUUAUAGGAGUCGUCGCUGAUGAUUCAGAGAUCUCAACUGUUGGAAUCGGGAAAGGACUCAAUUAUAGAGGAUAUAAUAUUGAGGAUCUCGCAAACGGGUGUAUUUUUGAAGAAGUCUUAUAUCUUUUACUCUAUAAAGAACUUCCUACAAAGGAUCAAUUGACAUACUUUCAAGAGCAGAUAGCUGAAAAUAGGUAUAUUCCUGCAACUCUUGCUGAAGUUAUUGAAUGUGUUCCAAAAGAUUCCCACCCAAUGGAUCUUAUGAGAACAGUAGCUUCUUUCCUAGGAACUAUUGAGCCAGAAAGUGAAAAAAAUGAUCAGUACAAAAUCUCUAUCAGACUUUCUGCAAUCUUUGCUCCAUGCCUCUUCUAUUGGUAUCAUUUUCAUAAAAGCGGGAAGAGAAUUGAAGUAGAUACUCACAAGUCUGAUACUAUCGCCAAGAAUAUUAUAAGACUUCUUAAGAAUGAUGGAAAGGAACCUGAAGAGCUGUUAGUAAAGACAAUGGAAGUGUCUCUUAUUCUUUAUGCUGAACAUGACUUCAAUGCCAGCGCUUACAAUGCAAGAGUUACUGCUUCUACACUCUCAGAUUUUUACUCAGGAAUCACAUCUGCUAUUGGGACUCUCAGAGGUCCUCUUCAUGGAGGAGCUAAUGAAGCUGCCAUUAGAUUCAUCAAGCAGUUUAAAACUAAGGAAGAGGCUGAAGCUAAAUUGUAUGAAAUGUACUCUCAAAAGAAGCUAGUGAUGGGAUUUGGUCAUAGAAUCUACAAAAACGGAGACCCAAGAUCAGACAUUAUUAAAGAAUACUCUAGAAAACUUACAAAGACCGAUCAAGGAAGACCGGAUUUGUUUGAGAUCUCGGAGCGUAUUGAAAAUAUCAUGAUGUCUGAGAAGAAGAUGCACCCAAAUCUUGACUUUUACAGUGCUUCUGCUUACUAUCAACUCGGACUACCAGUCGAUUUCUUCACUCCUAUUUUUGUUGUUUCGAGAACAUCAGGAUGGGCUGCACACAUAAUCGAGCAGAGGUCUAGAAACAAGCUGAUCAGACCAGCCUCUAACUACAUUGGCCCAGAGCCUAAAAAGUUUAGUGUGCUUGACAUGAGAAGUAAGAUCUAA